AUGGCUUCGUUUCUGAAUAAUUGGCAUAUGAUUGAAAGCGAUGAUAAAAUAUACCUUCAAAAAGAGGUAGAACCAGAACUCUAUGAGAUUAAGGGUGUUUAUCAAGCAAAAUUACAAAAGCAGGGCGAGAAGAUAAAGAUGCUUAUUUGGGACCAUGUCCUCGGGGAAGCAACAGACAAAACUGUGUAUCUUGGGUCCUUGCAAACUGGAAAGAACGCUUUUAGCAAAAGGUUUCAAGAGGCGGCAACUAGAGUGUCAAGAACAUUGUUCUGCAAUCUUUGGGAGGAAACCGGUCGAAAAUGUUUACCUGAUCCAUUACCGCAACAACGACAGUUAGGUUCCCUGGAUGUAGACGACGCUGAUCAUUUGGAUUUGAUCCAAACGGUCCCAAAAGAUGGACACGGUGAAUCAUCGAUGAAUUCAGACUUACAAACAGGCAAAGAAGUCAAUGGAGAAACUGAUCUUGCGGUUAAAUCACAUCUUAUUGGUGACUUCAUCACCGUCCCGAUAGAAAGUUUGAUAUCGCCAUCAGAAGUCAACAAAGUGAGAGAUCUACACCAAUGGCAAGUUGAUAAGAUUAUGAAGUCCAUCGAGGCAAGGCCAGAUGCAAGCUUUACUGUAAUGUUGGGGAACAUCGUGUCUCCCAAGCCCAUCAACAAAACUGCUGUGGAGGGAGGCCUUCACAAAAUUGAAGUUAUUGGAGGACAUCAUACCCUAGCAGCGCUCAAGAAGCUGCACGAAAAAGACGGUUGCAGUGAUGAGUCUAAAUACAGCAAAUGGUGUAUUAAGGACAAGCAGAAACUCUCUAGUAGUUUCCAGAACUACACACGGAUAGCAGAGCUUCCGAAUCAUGUAUGGGACGUGGUAAACACCUUCCUGAGUAAAUGGGAGAAUGGGGACAUUAAGGGACAACCAUCUGCACCUUUAAAGCAAACGGCAAUGAUAAAUGUUACAAGGGACUGCUGGCAACACCUUGAAAAGGCAAGCAAUGGAGAGAUAACAUACAAAGAGUUUCUCGCUAUCAAGAAACCUGGCCAGAAAAAAAGAUCUAAUUCUUCAAGAGCACAGAAUACAAAGAAGGCAGAUGUGGAGGAUAGUGACGGAUGCAUUGAUAGCGUGAACCAUACGAGUGACAACGCGCAACAAUCAACUGGAACGAAAACAAAUUCGAAAGAUACAUUGGUUCAUGCCCUCCAGUCUGAACUAAAGAAAAAAAUAUCUACCGUCAAAAAGUUAGAGAGGCAGUUAGAUGAAGCAUUGGAGAGGGCGUGUACUGCGGAAAAUAUAGCCAGUGAUCUCGAAUUGAAGUUGACCAAAGUCAAAGGAAAACACGAAAGGAUGAGAGAAAAGACUAUCACUCCAAAUGCAGAUACGUUUACUUUCACUUCCACUCUAGAGGAUGAUGACACGCUAUCUGUGGAAAUACCUUUAGCUAACUUGGGCCAAGAGGAUGAAGAUAUACCACCAUUAGAUAAACGGGAGAAGCGAGCGACCAGCACAUCUUCUGGAGAGAUACAACCAAAGGAUAAAUACAAUAAAAUGAGUUCGAGUAUGUUAGGUGAUGAUUUGAUGGACCGGCUACAUAGCCCGGAUAUGGAGAUGGACACUAUGGACCUCCAUUACUGGUCAUCCAUAGGAAAUCAGCAGACUCAGCCACUUUAUCAAAAACGUAACUCUUCCCCAUAUGUGCCUCGCAAGAUGUCCAUGAUGCCAAGAACCGACUAUUUUGAAAUCUAUAAAGAAGUUGAUAAGUUGACGGACGAAGAGCGCUUAUACCUGAACUCUGCAGCUUUAGCUGACGUAGGUAUCAUACGUCAAAGCCUGGAUGAGAAUGAGACUGUCCUCAAUUAUAACUGUGUGGAUUACAUGGGACGAAAUGCUCUACACUUAGCAGUCGAUAGUGAGAGCAUAGAAGGAAUAGAGCUGCUGCUUGAUAAGCUCAGCUUUGAAUGCAUAGAAGAGGCCUUACUUCAUGCUAUAAGCAAAGGAGUGACUAAGAUAGUGAAACUGAUUAUAGAACAUCCCACAUUUAUAUCUGGCGAAGAGCAAUUAAAACGUCAAACUACGAGGGAUGCGUUCUUCAGAACUGAAGAAAAGAGUCAGUUUUCCCCAGAUAUCACUCCAUUAAUACUUGCUGCUCACUACAAUAACCAUGAAAUCAUUCAAAUGUUUCUAUCUAGAAACCAUACAAUACCCAGGCCCCAUCCAAUAUCAUGUACGUGUAAUGACUGCCAAACUAAGCAGAACUAUGACUCUUUAAAGAGGUCAAGGUCACGGUUGAAUGCAUAUCGAGCUCUUGCUAGCCCUGCAUAUAUGGCUCUCUCCAGUCCAGAUCCAAUUAUGACCACCUUUGAACUGAGACAAGAGCUGAAAAAACUUGCACUCGUAGAAAAAGAAUUCAAGAAAGAGUACCUCGCACUUUCAGAGAUGUGUAUGAACUUUGCCUGUGAGUUGAUGGACCUGUGUCGGGGAACACAGGAAGUAGAAGCUGUGCUCAGCGAAGGCGAUCCUGACCAUGGCAACGACCCUAUCGCAAGACUGAAAAUGGCUAUACGAUAUGAAGAAAAGAAGUUCGUGGCUCAUCCAAACUGUCAACAACAGCUCACUACGAUGUGGUAUGGUGCCGAGAUGGGCUUUUUACAAUCGCUGAAUACGCUCAGAAAAGUUUGCUUGAUAGUAUUUGGAGCUCCCUUAGUACCAUUUUUGUGUAUAGCUUACGUACUCUUUCCCAACUCCAAGCUUGGAUCCGCACUACGUUGUCCCACAGUCAAGUUCAUUACGCAUACUCUCUCUCACUUCAUCUUCCUGGUGUUAUUGGCGGCUGCUACGUUCCGACUCGAGGAACGCUUCCACCCUAUCCACAGCGUUGAAGAGCUGAAGGAAUCUUCGAAUGACAAGUCUAUUCCAGAGGACGAAAGGAUAGAAAGUCUGUUGAAAGAGACACUACGCCCAGCAAAUACAUUAAUCACAAAUGUUCAACUAUGCAUCGUGUUUUGGAUUUUAGGGUUAUUAUGGAUAGAAUGUAAACAGGUGUACAACUCAGGACUAAGAGCAUAUGUAUUAGACUAUUAUAACUUUAUGGACUUCAGCGUCCUCUCCAUGUAUAUAGCUUCAUAUUGCUUGCGCUUCUUCGUUGAUAACUGGGUGAAAGAUGCAGAUUUGCAUUUCAAUGGAACUGCCAGGGCCAGAGAGGCAUUGUUUCAAAAGAACUAUGAAAAUUUCACAGAGAUAGAGAAAAGCAUCAAAGGCUCUAGGCAUUCCAUGCGAGACACAUAUUUUAUGGAGGCGUCUCGAUUUGACUGGAGAGCUGAUGAUCCCGAGAUAGUAUCUGAUAUAUUAUUCGCCAUAGCUAACGUGAUCAGCAUUGCUCGAACUACCUACCUCAUGCCAGCAUUUGAAGUGCUCGGUCCGCUACAAAUAUCCCUGGGUCGUAUGAUUGGUGAUAUUACCCGCUUCAUGGUGUUAUUCUUCUUGGUUCUGUUUGCCUUUAUGGUAGGCCUUCACAAUUUAUACUGGUAUUAUGGGUCCCAGACGUACCAGAUGACCAUCAAAGGAACCAAGGUUACCACACAUACUUCGGAGGCGUUUCAAGCUAUGCAACAUACACUGUACAGUUUGUUCUGGGCCAUGUUCGGGCUGGUCAGUAUUGACAGCAUACGUAUACAUCCACCUGGGGAACCUCCAGAACUGAUACGAAGUGGUAUUCCCGAUCCCGCAAGUGCGACGCACAUGGUAGAGGGAGUGGGGAUGAUCUUGUUUGCAGUAUACCAUUGUGUCAUCAACAUUGUCCUUAUCAACAUGCUGAUCGCUAUGAUGAGCCAUUCGUUUGAAGACAUUCAGGGUGACUGUGACGUAGAAUGGAAGUUUGCACGUACAAAGCUGUGGAUGAAUUAUAUGGAUCAGGGUAGCACGUUACCUGUACCGUUCAACAUGAUCCCUACCCCAAAGUCAUUUUGGUAUGGUUGGAGGUCUAUUGUGGAUGUGUGUAGGGGCAACAACGAUAGCCUAAUGGAGGAGAAAAACAAACGCCAGACCUUUAUUAAGCUUCGGCGAGAUGAAGUUUGCCAGACGAUGCAGAUAGAGGCCCAGGAGACAUCAUACAAUGACAUUAUGCAGCGUCUAGUGAGACGCUACCUCUUCAAAAUGGAGAGGGAAAAAGAUGAUCAAGGUGAAGGCAAGGAGGCUACAAGGGGUAUAAGGGCGGACGAGAUGGUUGAAGCCACUGAGGGACUACAAAUCAGCCCUACUACAACUAUACCUGAGGAAGACGAUCAGUCAGAGAAAGAUAAUUAUAGCAAUGUGUCAGAUGUUUCAGAUGAAGAUAUAGACAGAAGGAGGGCUUCAACAGUCCCACCUCCGCCACCAGGACAGGGAGAUAACCCUGCAUCAAAGUUGAAGCGUAAGGCAUCAAGGAGGGGACGUAACCAUCGGCGCUCAUCAGUUACUACAUCAACCGGGGGUCAACAGCCAGGAAUGCAAUCUAUGCCAUUAGCAAAACAGGUUCAAAUUCUCUCAAUACCACAAUUAGACUCUAUUCAAAGAGGUCAGAAAUUGUUGGACGUGAGACUUCAACAUAUUCAAUCCAAUACCCGUGAGGACGAAAAGGUCAAAGAUGACAUUGACCAUAUAAGACGCCUCAUGUGUGAAAACCAAAAAGCAAUGAGUUCCAUUGUAAAAGCUUUAACUAGUAUACAAGAGGAAAUUAGGAACAUCAACCUCAAUCUAUAUCACGACCGUUCAACCCCAUCACGACGAGAUGGAAUGAUAACGGAAAAGGGCGAGGCAGUUGUGUAAUAUAUGCAUUUACAUGUAUUUAUAAUUUUAUGUAUAUAUUAAAGUCAUGUGAUCAGAAAAAGCCAAAUUGAUAAUAGGCUACACUAAUUAAGGCAAUAAAAACUAACCAGAUGUGGAUUGAGUUACAUGUACAUGAGAUAUACACAAGCUUAUCCACCAAAGGAGUAGAAGCAAUAGCGUGUAUGUGGAUGGAUAUACUUCUACUUUCAUAAUGAUGGAUUGUACAUGCAAAUGUUUUUAAGGAAAUCAUCGUCAGGUUAUAUGCAAUAAUAUAUCGUGAUAUCUGCAUUAUGCAUGACAAAUUUGGUUCGAUCUUAAAAGGAUAUACUCUAUAGCAGUCAAUGUUAUUGUAAGUAACGUUAUGUGACCUGGGAUGGAUGAAAUGGAUUGCACAAAGCUGCUGUAUUUCCGUUAUCACAAUCAUUGUUACUAGUUGGAUCCACCGUUUUGGAUAUGGCUCUAACAAAGCGAAGGAACAAAAUUGGCUUCAUCCAGUAUUUGGAUAGUAUUGCAUGGAAAUAAAAUGAGCUACAAUCAUGUUUGGAUAUUGCAUACCCAAGCAAGAAAUGAGCAACACAUAGCAAGAAAAUGAGCAACACAUAGUGACUGGAUAUGGCACAAGUAGGUCAGAAGACCCAACAAGCUAUAGUUUGUAUUAGGUCUGCCAAAGUAAAUAGAAAUGAACAAU